AUGUCCUUUCAAGAUUUCCUGAUUGCAAGAGAUGUGCCCAGAGAAUGUUUAGCAGAAAUUGAAAGUGAAAAUCUAGAUGAGGCCGCCAUUCAGGUAAUGGAUGAAGAAACACUGACAAAAUUUAUUCCAAAGCUGGGAGACAGGGUGGCUGCCAGAGAUUUCUGCAAGAGGAAAAUGGCUCCAAAAAAGGUCGGACUUAUUGAGAAGCUACGUGAAAAACUCUCGAAUAAGAAUACAAGAAGCCAGGAAUUACUGGAUUGCUGCAAAAACGAAGUAGAUAUCAAUGUGACUGUGGAAGAAAUGUACGAGGUUACGAAAGUAAAUAAAUUGCGGUUCUAUCUAUCGCUUGUAAAAAAAGAACAGGAAGAUCGUACAUGUGUAACCACCCCCAAUCCCACAGAAGAUGAACCCACAGAAGAUGAACCCACAGAAAAUGAAGGUGAUCUUGACUUAGACCUAGAACACAUAGAAGAGGUAGUUAUAGAAGAGGAAUUGCUUGCUGAUGCACCUCCUACCCUUUUAGUGGUUCAUCGGGGUGAGGUUUUCGAAGAACUGCUGGCAGCUUUCCAGCAUCAUACUUGCCUCAAUAAUAUCCAGAUUGAAAUGAUCCUUCCAAAUGGACAGAAAGAGGUAGCUGAAGAUAUGGGCGGUGUUUUGAGGGAUGCUCUUUCCGAAUUUUGGCAGGUGUUUUAUGACAAAUGUACGGCUGGCACAUCCCUCAAAGUACCGUGUCUGCGAGAUGAUUUCGGGUCCAACGAAUGGGAAGCAAUUGCUAAAAUUAUCGGCAUGGGAUGGACCGAGCAGAGAUAUUUCCCUAUCCUGUUAUCUCCUGUUUUUAUUAUGAAUACGUUAGGAAUUGCAUUCAACGAUGAAGAUGUGAUAAAAGAUUUUCUCAAAUACAUAUCCGAAUCUGAGGCAGAAACGAUAAAAACUGCCCUCGAAAAUUUCGAGGAAGUGGAAGUGGAAGAUCUCCUUGACUUCUUUUCGAAUUUUGACACAAAACGGCUUGUGACAAAAAAUAAUCUAAAUUCAGUAUUGUUAGGAGUAGCACAUAAAGAAUUAUUACAAAAGCCGGAAUUCAUUUCGAAAUGUUUUUCACAAACGAGAGAGUUAGAAAAGGUUACGUCAGAGCCUUCAACAUCUGGAAAUAUUGGUGAGCGACAGUUACACAAAGAAGACAAUUGGGUACUUGAUUUUGGGACGUAUUUAGGAAAAAUAAUCGAUGAUGUUACAAAGCAGAAACUUUUAGAAAAACCUUGGUCACCGGAUCUAUCAUAUAAAUUUCCAUCGUCAGGACCUAGGAACUUGAAAUUCCAGAUAAAAUGGCUCGAUGAGUGGAGGUGGCUAGUUCAUAGUCCAUCUCUAGAUUCUGUGUUCUGCAAGUAUUGUUCGCUAUUUUCCACUGUUGUCGGGCAACAAGCUACUAAGGGCGGAAAACUAGUUAAAACUCCAUUUAAAAACUGGAUGCCAGAGAACAAUUCAGAAAUCAUGAAAAAUAAUAAGAAUUGUAUCGAAAGAGCAGCUAACUCUUUGAAUAUCAUGAUGAGAAAAUCUGAAAAUGUUAUUUUACAAAUUAACAAACAUCAAAACGAUCAAAUUAUCAAUAAUCGGAAGUGCCUUAAACCCAUAAUCAGAACUGCCAUAUAUCUUGCUAGAUUAGGAAACUCAUUUCGAGGUCACCGUGACUCUGGACCUUUUGAUAUAAAUGAACCUCCAGUCAAAGGUGAGGGUAAUUUUCCUUCUUUACUCAAAUUUCGAAUAGAGGCAGGAGAUCAUAUUUUGGCAAAACACCCAAGCACAGCAGGUGCUAAUGCAACUUACAUUAGCUGGCAAAUACAGAAUGAAAUAAUAUCGGCCUUCAAUUCGAUUUUAUUGAAAAAACUCGUUGAUAAAGAGAAAAGCAUGAUCAGGGAAGACGUUUUACAGUUUAUUCCUGUUUCUGAUGUUACAAGCGCUGGUUUAACAAAUAGUAUAUGCAAUGCUAUGAUUGAAGUAGGGCUAGAUGUAAAAUAUCUGGUUGGCCAAGGAUACGAUGGAGCUAGUGCAAUGAGCGGUGCUCUAAGAGGAGCACAAGCAAUUGUUCGGGAGAGCUAUCCUAAAGCAUUGUACGUUCAUUGUUCGUCACACUGUUUCAAUUUAGCACUUUCUGAUGGAUGUUCAGUUGCAGAAGUCCGAAACUGUCUGGGUACUAUCGGAACAACUUAUAAUUUCUUCAAUUUCCCAAAACGACAACGUGUCACAUGUGAACAUGAGAUCAAUAAAUUAGUAGAAAAACCUAAAAUAGAAAAACUCAAAAGAUUAUGUCCUACCAGAUGGAUUCAGAGACACGACGCCGUGAAUGCAUUCGUUUCUCUUCUGAAGUCAAUAAUAAGUGCCUUAUUUGAGAUUGCCACAUGGACCGAUAAAAAAACGGCGUCUGACGCUCAAUUACUUUCAUCGGCAAUUUGUCAAAGUAGCUUUCUAUUAUGUACUUUUAUGAUAAAAUCUGUGUUUUCGUUAACAUUACCACUGAGCAAGUACUUACAGACACCAAAUUUGGACCUGAGUUUAGCUCUUGAUUCAGCUGAAAAUGUCAAUAAAUCGCUGAAAAAAAUGAGACAAGAAGACAAGAAGUCAUUUUCAGAUAUUUAUCAAGAGACCAAAACGAUCUGUGAUGAGUUUGAUAUCACAAUUCUACAACCCAGAACCACUAAUCGGCAGACCAACAGAAAUAAUGUUCCUGGAUCAUCGCCGGAAGAAUAUUAUCGAAGGGCUAUUUAUGUUCCAUUUCUCGACCAAACAAUACAGGCAAUAAAUGAAGAAUUUAUAAAUCAUAGAAAUACUCUCGAACCUUUUCAAAGACUUUUAUGUCAUGAUAAUAGUUUAGACAUCAGCAAAAUUUUCAAUUCUACACAACAGCUUCUGGAGACGACAGAUUAA